UUUUCUGUGGGCACAAAGGGCGGAUCCUAUCAUAGUACAUGGAACAAGGUGAGAGAGGUCUUCCCCUCCUUCUUGACACAACCACAAAACUUUCCAGUUUCUUCUUCUCUCAUUCUAAGCAGAGUGACUGGCCCAGCAGCAGGUUACAGGUUAAGAGGUUCAUUUACUAAAACUUUGUUGGAUGAUCCUUGUAAACACAAUAUGGGUAACACGGUUGUAAGGAGUAACUUUGAGUGGGUCUACACAGACCAGCCUCAUUCAGAUAGGAGGAAAGAAAUACUUGCGAAAUAUCCUCAGAUCAAGAACCUAAUGGGACCCGACCCACACUUCAAAUGGAUUGUUUCUUUCAUGGUUUUGGUCCAGAUACUGUCAUGUUUUAUCGUCCGUGAUCUACCUUGGAAGUGGCUACUUUUCUGGUCUUAUGCAUUUGGGGGUGUAAUAAAUCACUCACUUACCCUCGCAAUCCAUGAUAUCUCCCACAAUGUAGCCUUUGGAAACAAAUCAGCACGCUGGAACCGCUUCUUUGGCAUGUUUGCUAACCUACCUAUUGGUGUGCCCUAUUCCACAUCUUUUAAAAAGUACCAUAUUGACCAUCACCGUUAUUUGGGUGGGGAUAGCUUGGAUGUGGAUAUCCCAACAGACUUUGAGGGACGUUUUUUCUGUACCCCCAUGCGCAAGGUCCUUUGGAUAGUAAUACAACCUCUGCUGUAUGUCCUGCGUCCACUUUAUGUGAACCCCAAACCCAUCACUCAGCUAGAGAUAAUAAAUGCUCUGUUUCAGUUUAGCUUUGACCUGAUGAUAUAUUACCUAUGGGGACUGAAACCUGUGGCGUACUUGAUUGCUGGUUCAUGCCUCUCCAUGGGCUUCCACCCAAUAUCAGGACAUUUUAUAGCUGAACACUAUAUGUUUUUGAAAGGAUAUGAAACAUACUCGUACUAUGGACCACUCAAUUUGCUGACUUUCAACGUUGGCUACCACAUGGAACAUCAUGACUUUCCAAGCAUCCCUGGGAGCAAACUUCCACUGGUCCGUAAAAUCGCUCCGGAGUAUUACGACACCCUUCCAUACCACACAUCAUGGGGGAGAGUGCUCUGGGAUUUUAUAUUCUGCAAGGAACUGGGACCUUUCUCACGUGUCAAGAGAGAGUGUGAACUAGCAAAGAAGGACUAAAAAAAUCUGUGGAAAAAAAUAUUUAUUUUAUCUCAAUGUGUGUAAUUAUUACACAAUUCUGCAAUUUCA